AUGGCCGCCAUGGCCCCGUCGAAGCGCACCUUGGCCCUCUUCGACAUUGACGGCACGCUGACGCCCGCGCGCAAGACCAUCAGCCCCGAGAUGCGCGCUUUCAUGCAGACGCUGCGCGGGAAGAUCACCGUCGGCGUCGUCGGCGGCUCGGACUUCCCGAAGCAGAAGGAGCAGCUCGGCGAGGACGUGACGUCCCAGUUCGACUACGCCUUCAGCGAGAACGGCCUCAUGGCCUUCAAGGGCGAGACGCUCAUCGGGCAGGAGAGCUUCGCGGCGAAGAUCGGCGAGGACGAGCUCCAGAAGCUCAUCAACUGGGUCCUCGCCUACCUCAGCAAGGUCACGCUCCCCGUGAAGCGCGGCACCUUCAUCGAGUUCCGCACGGGCAUGCUGAACAUCUCGCCCGUCGGCCGCAACUGCUCGCGCGAGGAGCGGAACGCGUUCGAGGCGUACGACCUCAAGGCGGGCGUCCGCAAGGCCAUGGUCGCGGCCAUGCAGGCCGAGUUCGCCCACCUCAACCUCACCUUCUCCAUCGGCGGCCAGAUCAGCUUCGACGUCUUCCCCAAGGGCUGGGACAAGACGUUCUGCCUCAAGUUCCUCGAGCCCGGCCUCUUCGACGAGGUCCACUUCUUCGGCGACAAGACCUUCGAGGGCGGCAACGACUUCGAGAUCUUCUCCCACCCGGACGUCAAGGGCCACACCGUCGUCUCCCCCGAGGACACCAAGGCCCAGUGCACGGCCCUCUUCCUCUAA